UGGAGGCUUUAGUUACGUGUCAAUUAUGAAUUUAUUUUCUAUUUUUCACAUUAAUAAUCAAUUAAUUCAAUGUAAAUGCUUUUAAUUUACUAUAGAAAUUAGUGUAAAAAUAAUAAAUAAUUGUAAUUUUAUUAUUUAAAAAUUUUUGAAUAUAUGAUAUAAAAGUAUUUUAAAAAGUUUCAUCACUUAACCUCAAAAUUCGUUUGGUUGCUGCUGUCAAACAUGUUUUGUUGAAAAAAAAUUUAUGUUUAUUAUAAAUAUAUAAUUACAUGUUGUGUGGUUGAAAAAAAAACAAAGUGUUUAGUGAUUGUUAAAAAAAAAAAAUAAAUGUAAUUUAAAUAAAAGAAAACAGUGAAUAGAAGAAAGUUGACAAUAAAAGAAUUUUUUUGUGUGUUAUUUCUUUCUUUUUUUUUUGUUUUGUUCUAUUCGUAAAUUUUUUUAAAAGUGACAAGUGAUAAACAUAGAAAAAAAUCAUCAAUAUGUUUAAAAAAUUUAAAGAUAAACUUGCCGAGGAAAUGAAACAAUCGCCAGCGAGAUUACAAGCAGGAAUGCAACAGUUAGCACAGGCUGUAUCGCCAGCUUUGUCAAAUACGUCGAUUCAAGAUAUUUCCGUAUCGAAUGAUAAUUUCAGUUUAACUGAAGAACUCGAUGGUGAGACACCAAAAAAUAGUCCAGCGAGACAUGGAUUUCAAACGGUGGAUUUAACAUCACCCACGGGAACAUCUGCGGGUAUUUCGCGUAGAUCUUCCAUCAGUAGUGUCACAAGCGAUGCCUCGUCUCUGUUUCCGGUUUAUGAAAGUCCCGGAAAUAUGUAUCAUUUACAGUCGGAUAUAGAUCAAUCGGCAAGUGAAUUGGACGAUAUGGUGAGUCCACAACUUGAUCGUGUGACAAAAGAACAAUUAUAUUCAACUUAUCGUAAAGUACAAACGAAAUAUCAUAAAUAUCGUAGUCGAUAUACGGAUCUUGCUGCACAUUAUCGUGAAAUGGAGCGUGUUAAAAAUAAAUUGGAAUCACUUUUGGUUGAAACACAGGACAAGGCAUUGAGACGAAUUUCCGAUUUAAAGGAACAAUGUCAACUUGAACAACAAGCGAAAGCACAUUUGGAAGAUGCAUUGAGAAAUGAUAUUGAGGAAAAGGAUCAUAUUAUCAAUACACUUAAUACAAAGAUAAGUCUAUUACAAUCAAAUGGUCAACAUUCAGAUAUGAAAAAUACCGAAAAAAUGGAAAUGUUAAUUGAUUUUGCCACUGAAUCAUCACAAAUAAAUAAAUCAUCAUUAUCAUCUGAAUUAAAAAAUGACGAUUCAAUUUUAACAACAGAAAAUGUUCUUCUUAAAGAUAAAUUACAAAAUUUAGAGAAACUCAAUGAAAAAUAUAAAGAAAUGUUAAAACGUAGUAAAGAAAAAAUUCAACAAUUAAUAAAAGAUAAAAAUUUAAUUGAACAUAAUUUUGAAUUAGAAAAAAAUGAUAAUUGUGAAAAAUUGAAAGCACUUAAUUUUGAAAUAAUAAAAUCAAAUGAAAAAAUUCAACAUUAUAAUGAUGAAAUUAUUAAUUUAAAAAAACGCGAAGAAGAAUCAAUGAUUUCACUUGCUGAAAAUAAAUUAACAAUACAUCGUGAAUUAGAAGAUAAAGAAGAACAAAUAAAAAGAUUAACAAAUGAUUUAAAACAAAUGUCAGAAUUUAAAGAAAUUAAUGAUAAAGAUGAAAAUAAUGGGAAAAAAAAUAAUAACGAUUCUUUAAAACAACAACAACAACAACAAAAAGAAGAAAAUGACGAAUUACGUAUAAAUGAAAAAUUAAUAAUUGAAUUAAAUGAAAAAAUACGACAACUUGAAUUAAAUUUAAAUGAAAAAAAUUCACAUGAAUUAAAUGAAUUAAAACAAGAAUUAGAGAAUAAAAAUCAAAUAGUUGAGGAAUUUAAAAAACAACUUACAAUAUUUGAAACUAAAAUUGAAUCAUUAAAUUGUGAAAAACAAUUUUUAUUUAAACAAAUUGAAAUAGUGAGAAAAACAAUAUUUACAAUGAAACAAGAAUCAAUAAAUAUGAAAGAAAAUAUAACAAAAGAAAUUGAAAAUGGUAAAAAUUCAUAUGAAAAAUUUUUUCACAAUAUUUUAGAAAAUUUAAAUCAAUUUACCAAUGAAUAUGAAAAUUUAAAAAAAUUAUUUCAAAAUAAACAAAUAAUUAAUGAACAAUUAGAAAAUGAACAAUUGAAAUUAAAAAAAGAACUUGACGAUUAUCAACAACGUGAAUUAAAAAUAAUUGACGAAUUACGUCUUGAACGUUCAGAACUUGUUAAUUUAACAAAUCAAAAUUUAGAAUUACAAACAACAAUUAAUAAUUUACAAAUUAAAUUAAAUGAAAAUAAUAAUAAAAUACAAAAUUUUGAUGAAAUACAAAAAAAACAAUUGUCAAUAAUUGAGGAAUUAAAUUUAAAAAAUAAUCAAUUUAUUCAUUUGGAAAAAGAAAAUAAAGAAUUAAAAGAAAAAUUUAAUGAAUUAAAAAAAGUAAACGACGAGAAAAUUCACGAAUUAGAAAUGAAAAUUUCUAAUGAAAAAGAAGAAAAAAAUGUACUUAAUGAAAAAAUUGUUGAAUAUGAAAAUAAAAUUGAAAAUAAACAACAAAAAUUUGUGGAAAUAAAUAAAAAAAAUGAAGAAUUAGAAUCAAAAAUUAUAAAAUAUGAAGUGAAAUUAAAAGAAUUAGAAAUUGAUAAUUCACAAUUAAAAUUACAAAAUAGUGAAACAAUUGAUAAUAAUUCAAAAUUAAAUGAAUUAUCAUUGUUAAUUGAAAAAUUAAAAUUGGAAUUAAAGGAAAAAAUUGAGGAAUUAGAAAAACGAAAUUCAGAAAUAAAGAAAAAAGAUUUGGAAUUAAAGAAAAAAAUUACUGAUUCAAAGCAAAAGGAUUCGGAGUUAAAAAAGAAAAUUAAGGAAUUAGAAAUAAAAGAUUUGGAAUUAAAGAAAGGAGAAUCGAAAUUAGUGGAAUUAGAGAAGAAAAAUUUGGAAUUAGUGACAAAAAUCGAGGAAUUAGAAAAGAAAAUUUUGGACUUAAAACAAAAUGAAACGAAAUUAGUGGAAUUUGAGAAGAAAAAUUCGGAAUUAGUGAAAAAAAUCGAGGAAUUAGAAAAGAAAAUUUUGAACUUAAAACAAAAAGAAACGAAAUUAGUGGAAUUAGAAAAGAAAAAUUCGGAAUUUGUGACAAAAAUUGAGGAAUUAGAAAAGAAAAAUUUGGAAUUAGUGGAAUUAGAGAAGAAAAAUUCGGAAUUAGAAAAACAAUAUUCAAAAUUAGUGACAAAAAUUGAGGAAUUAGAAAUGAAAAAAUUGGAAUUUGUGGAAUUACAGAAGAAAAAUUCGGAAUUAGUGACAAAAAUCGAGGAAUUAGAAAAGAAAAAUUUGGAUUCAAAACAAAAAGAGAAGAAAUUAGUGGUAUUAGAGAAGAAAAAUUCGGAAUUAGUGACGAAAAUCGAGGAAUUAGUAAAGAAAAAUUUGGAAUUAGUGGAAUUAGAGAAGAAAAAUUCCGAAUUAGUUACCAAAAUUGAGGAAUUAGAAAAGAAAAAUUUGGAAUUAGUGACGAAAAUCGAGGAAUUAGUCAAGAAAAAUUUGGAAUUAGUAGAAUUAGAGAAGAAAAAUUCGCAAUUAGAAAAAGAAUAUUCGAAAUUAAUGACGAAAAUCGAUGAAUUAGGAAAGGAAAAAUUGGAAUUAGUGAAAUUAGAGAAGAAAAAUUCGGAAUUAGUGUCAAAAAUCAAGGAAUUAGAAAAGAAAAAUUCAGAAUUAGUGAAAAAACAAUCGGAAAUAGUGGCUAAAAUUGAGGAAUUAGGAAAGAAAAAUUUGGAAUUAGCGGCAAAAAUUGAAGAAUCAAAGAAAAAAGAAUUGGAAUUAGCGGCAAAAAUUGAAGAAUCAAAGAAAAAAGAAUUGGAAUUAGCUGCUAAAAUUAAGGAAUUAGAGAAGAAAAAUUCCGAAUUAAAGAAAAAAGAAUCGGAAUUGUUGUCAAAAAUUAAGGAAUUAGAGGGGAAAAAUUCCGAAUUAGAAAAAAAAGAUUCUGAAUUGAUGACAAAUUGCGAGGAAUUACAGAAAAAAAUUAUGGAAAAAGAUUACGAAUUAAAGAAAAAAGAACCCGAAUUAGCGGCUAAAAUUAAGGAAUUAGAAAAUAAAAAUUCUGAAUUAAAGAAAAAAGAUUCAGAAUUAAUGAAAAAUGUCGAGGAAUUAAAGAAAAAAGAUUUGGAAUUAGUCACAAGUGUCAAUGAAUUAAAGAAAAAAAUUUCCGAAUUAGAAGAAAAAGAUUUGGAAUUAAAGAAAAAUAAUUCGAAAUUACAGGAAAAAGAUUUAAAAUUAACUGAAAUUGUUUCCGAAUUAAAGAAUAUUAAAGAAUUAAAAAAUUCCGAAUUAGUUGCAAAUGACGAGGAAUUAAGGAAAAAAAUCAUCGAAUUAAAAUCAAAAGAUUUGGAAUUAAUUGAAAAAAUUGAGGAAUUAAAGAAAAAAGAUUUGAAAUUAGUGACAAAUUCAAAGGAAUUAGAGAAACGUGAUUUGGAAUUAGAAACAAAAAAUUCAGAAUUAAAACAAAAAGAUUUGGAAUUAUUAGAAAAAAUUGAGGAAUUAAAGAAAAAAGAUUUGGAAUUAGUGACAAAUUCAAAGGAAUUAGAGAAACGUGAUUUGGAAUUAAAACAAAAAGAUUCGGAAUUAAUAGAAAAAAAUGAAGAAAUAAAGAAAAAAAAUUUACAAUUAAAGGAUAAAAUCACUGAAUUAAAGAAAAAAACUAGCGAAUUAAUUGGAAAAAAUUCUGAAUUAGAAAAAAUUACUUUCAAAUUAAAUGAAAAAGAUUCAGAAUUAAUUUCCAAUAAUUCGAAAUUAAAGGAAAUAAAUUUAGAAUUAAUUAAUCGUGAUUCCAAAUUAAAGGAACAAGAAUUAGAAUUAAUGUCAAAACAUAAAGAAAUUGAGGGAAAAAAUUUAGAAUUAAAGAUGAAAAUUGAUGAAUUAGUGAAAAAAGAUUUUGAAUUAAAUUCCAAAUUAUCUGAAUUUAAAGAAAAUAAUUCCACAUUAAAAGAAAAAACAAAGGAAUUAGAAUUAAAAACAAUGGAAUUAGAGGGAAAAAAUUCUCUUCUAAUUAAUAAAGAAGAGGAAUUAAAAGCAAAAAAUAUUAUAUUAAAUGAAAAAGUAAUUGAAUUAAAAAAAUCGAAUGAAAAAAUUGAUAAUUUAACAAUAAUUAAUGAAAAAUUACGUUUAGAUAAUGAUAAAAUUAAUUUGGAUUUAGUGGCAUUGAAAGAAGAGAAGGAAAAUGAAUUUGAAGAAUGGAGAAAUAGAAUAAAACAUACAGAAAAAAUAAUUUAUGAAAAAGAUGAAGAAAUUAAUUUAUUGAGAGGUGAAAAAAAUUUUAUUGUCGAUAAUCAUCAACUUCAAUUUAAAAAUGAAGAGGAAAAUAAUAGAAAUAUUAAUAAUGAUAAUGAAGAGACAAUAAAUAAAAUGGCAAAAUUAGAAGAUAAUAAUCGUAAAUUAGAAGCGCAAUUGGACGAGGCAUUAAUUACAUUUCAAGCGAAAGAAUCACAAUUACAAAGUUUAAAUCAAGAUUUAAGAAUGCAAAUUGAAAAAAUUAAAGAUGAAAUAAAAGUUGCUGAAGUUGAACAGGGAUUGAGAUUAAAGCAAUUGGUGAAGGAAUUUCAGGCGCAACUACACGAUAAAGAUGAGGAAUUACAAGCGGCUUUGGAUAAACGUUUCGAUCAACAACAAAAUUAUGAAACUGAUCUUAUUCAACAAUAUAAAGAGCAAUUAAAAGAUUUUCAAGUUGAAUUAACAUUGAAAUCGGAACAAAUUGAAAAUCUUAUUAUUGAAAGUAAAGAAUCGUCACAACGAAAGCAAAAUGAAAUUGAUCAAUUGUCCGAUACAAUUAUAAAAAUAAAACAAGAACACGUUAAUGAAAUGCAAGAAAUUGAGAAAAAAUGGAAAUUAGCGGUGAAACAAAAAUCAGAACAAAUUGCCGCUAAACACGAAGAGGAAGUUAAUGAAUUAACAAAGGAAUGGCAAAAUGAACGAAAGAUCAAUAAUUCUAAUAGCGAAACUUCUCCCGAGGAAUUAGAAAGUACUUCGCGAUUAGCAAUGGCAGCGGUACAAUCGAAUACGGGCUCAUUUCAUACAUUAAAACAAACAUUGGCAUCACAAAAACGUGAAUUAUCGGAAUUAAGGAAAUUAGUGAAAAUAAGACACGAGGCACUUGAGGAUUCAACUGAAAUUGAAUAUCUUAGAAAUAUUUUAUUUGAAUAUAUGAUGGGACGUGAAACAUUAGUUCUUGCACGUGUUAUUUCUGCUGUUGUUAAAUUCGAUCAGGAGCAAACAAUGAAAAUAUUGAAAAAAGAAGAGGAUAAAUUAACAUUGCUUGGAUCGUUUGGUUUAACGUAAAAAAAAAACAAAAAUGGAAUUUAAAAGGUUAAAAAAAAAACUGCCGGUAUAUUUCAGCAGAGUGAAAAAAAUUUAAUUUAUUUAAUUUUGAAUUAAUAGAAAAUUAAUUGCAUUUACGAUUCCAUUUUAAUUAUAGAAACACAAAAACACAUAAAAGUCCAACAAAAAAAAAAAUGUAGAUGUAUAUAGAAAUAAUUUUACAACUAAUGGUGAGAAUAAUGUGCAAUGUAAAAAAAAAACAAGAAUAA